AUGGAUGUAUCUACACUCGUUUCCACUCAACGACUCACUCAGAUAAUGGCCACCAACGAGCUCACUUCGUCGAUGGUGGAGAGUGCUUAUGACAGGAGCACUGUCGAUGCCAUCGAUUCUGCAAAAGGAGACGUAGACUUCGUCUACAUGGAGCUGAAGAUCCCACUUUCCUUCUGUCCACGACGGCGGGCAAGGGGGCAGGCAUCGUCCUCUGCUUGUGCAACUGCUAUCUUGGGUGUCGCUUUUCCAUUCCUUCAGUGUGGAUCCACUGACACUCAGAAGUGGCUCAUCAAACAUGCAUAA